AUGUGUACAAAUAACCACCGAAACCAAGACUCUGUGAUUAGUCACGGUAUUCAUAUAAUCGUUUGUUCGCUCUGCCAAAACAAGCAUCUUUGGGCAGCAGGAACCAUGGAGUGGUCUGAAGCCUAUGAACAGUUCCUUCAGAUUUCUCUUCAGCUUCUGUUUAACGUGGUGUCCGGAAAUCGAGAAGCAAAGGAUCGUGUUUGGCAGAGUUUCUUUCCCGAAUGUUUCAAAAUGGUUCACCAGUAUUUUACGCACAACUUUAAACUCGUCUCUCUAGCUAAAGCAGUUCUUUAUUACUGCGUGUGUUCCGCCAAGACAGAAGAAGCGAGUUUGGAUCGCUUACAAAGCUUUCUCAACGACAAAGACGCAGUGAACUUUUUCUUUUCGAACAGUUUUUCUGAGCAGGAUGGCAAGCCUUCCGAUUGGAUUCAAUACUUCGUUUCGCUUCUUCUCUCUUUGGAUUCGAAAACACCCACCCCUAUCUCCCUCCUCUAUUCCUCUCUCCAAUCCAAAUCCUUUUCGAUAGUCUCUCCCACCCAGCUCGUUUUGAUCCAUUAUAUUCUGUACAUUGCUGACGAUUCUCCAGAAAUGAUCGAUUGGGUUCUGCAGAUGACGCACGCUUCGGGGACUUUAAUGGAGGAGAAUGGCCACUUGGUGUUUAACAAGGAUCUUUUAGAGAACCGGGAUGAGACUUCGAAGGAAGGGAGGAGCUACGAAAUGUUUGUGGAAGCGUUCGGAUUGCUUUUGACGAUUUUGGCGGGGCAGAUUGGCGGCCUUUCACCAGGUUUCUGUGACACCAUUUUGAAGUCGGAGCUGUUUUGGGUGCUUCUCGCUGUGUUGGCGAUUCCAGAAAUCGUGAUUGAUGACUCUGAAACACCGGUCGGAGACUUGGGAGAAAAGAAAGGAACUGCGAUGAUCAAGCAGAAGGAGGAUAUUUGGACUGCCGGGACGCGGGAUGCCGUCCUGCAGAUUCUGGGGAACAUGGUAAACAACUCUGUGGCCGCUCAGAAUAAAAUGAGAGAAGUGGGCGGCAUUGAGUUGGUAUUGAAUCACACGAAAAUGCAUCCCAAACAUCCAUUGCAGAGAGAAUGGGCGUUGUUUACUAUUCGAAAUCUGUGCUAUGGAAACGAAGAGAACCAGCGAUACAUCAACGAGUUUAAGGCGGAGGGAGUAGCCGCUGAACCAGCAUUGGAGAAGCUGGGAGUAAAGGUGGAAAUGGACCAAGGGAAAGUGAAAGUUUCAACAAGAACGACAAAGGAAUAA